AUGGCUGACGAAAAGGGGGUCGAACCGAAAGUGACGAGCUCGUCCAAGGGCAAGACCGUCUCGGAGAAGAACGCCGACGUGACGCUUCGGCUCCUCGAGCAACAUGGCGACGAGUUUGGUCCCUUGACGCCCGAGCUAGAGAAGAAGAUCCGGAGAAAGUUAUAUCUUCGUGUCAUGACUCUCUUGUCUGCCAUCAACAUCAUGCUUUUUGUUGAUAAGUCGACACUUGGUUACGCUGCUAUUCUGGGUCUGUUUGAGGAGACGGGAAUCAGACAGGCUCAAUACAACAACCUUAACACGAUGUUCUAUGUCGGAUACCUAGCAUUUCAGUGGCCAGGCCACUACCUGAUGCAGAAGCUCCCCUUUGGGAAAUACGUGGCGGUCACCAUCUUCGUGUGGUCUGCCAUCAUCUUCCUGCACUGCGUCGCGACCCGCUACGCCGGCCUCGUGGUGAUGCGCCUCGCCCUCGGGGCCGCCGAGGCCGUCAUCGUACCGGCCAUGGAGAUCACCAUUGGCAUGUUCUUCAACCGCCACGAGCAGUCCUACCUCCAGCCCGUCCUAUGGAUCACCUGCCAGGCCGCGCCCGUCGUGACGGGAUUCCUCUCGUACGGCCUCCUCUACACCACGGGGCCCGUCCUCCCCUGGAAGCUCCUCCACAUCGUCACGGGGGGGCUGACGCUCCUGCUCGCCGUGUGGGUGUGGUUCGACUACCCGAGCAACCCGGCCGAGGCGCGGUUCCUCACGCUCGAGGAAAAGGUGCAGGUGAUUCGCCGCGUGCACGCCGCGCAGCAGAGCUCCAUCGAGCAGAAGCAGUUCAAGCGGGAGCAGGUCGUCGAGACGCUGCGGGACCCCGUGUCGUGGCUGUUUGCGCUGCAGUCCUUUACGCUCAUGUACUCCAACAACCUCAACUACGGGCAAAAGAACCUCAUCACGACGUCGAUCGGGAUCAAGCCGCUGGGGUCGACGCUCGUGGCGGCGGCGGGCGGCGGGUUCGGGAUGCUCUGCUGCGUCGUCGCGACGCUGGCGCUGCGGCGGUGGCCGAGCAACCUGGCGCUGCACGGGACGGUGUGGUGCGCGCCGGCGGUGGCGGGCGGGGUGGCCAUGAUCACGAUCGACUGGGAGCGCAAGAUUGGGCUGCUGGCGUGCCUGAUCCUCGCGGCGGCGACGUACGGCGUCACGUACAUUAUCGCGCUGGGGUGGACGACGUCGACGGCGGCCGGGUACACCAAGAGGCUGACCCGCAAUGUCAUGUUCAUGCUGGGGUACAGCGUGGGGAACCUCGUAUCGCCGCAGAUCUGGGUGCCGGCCAACGCGCCGAGGUUCUACGGUGCGUGGGCGUCCAUGAUCUCGGUCAGCUGGGUGGGCACGCCUGUUAUCCUGUGGAUUAUCCGCUUCAUACUCGUGAGGAGGAACAAGGAGAGGCUGGAGUAUAUUGCUGGCCUGAGCGAUGAUGAGCGGGAGGGGUGGGUUGAACAGGUUGAUGAGAGUGGCGAGACCGUCAGAGUCAAGGUCGAUAUUGCUGUUCUGGAUUUGACGGACUUGCAGAACAAGCAGUUCAUAUACCCUAUUUGA